CUUUGUUGCCUUUUGAGUUUGGGACAGGCGAGCGACAAGACGACGACUUACCGAUCGACAGAGACAGUUCCCAGACUACUCUUCUUCUUCUUGUUCUUCUUCGCCAUCGCUCUCUCUUCAUCUCCAUCUCUCCAUCUCUCCAUCUCUUUCUACCCCUCCAGCAACGCGCGCGCAACGACAGUACACACCCCAUCUUCGCCCUCCAUCUUCAGACUCGAUCGCUGCCUGACAACAACCUCUCAACCUUCCUAUCUCGUCCUCACCCAACUUUCCUCUUUCGCUCUUCCUUCAGCUUCCCUGCAAUCCAUCCAAGAUGGAGCGCCUGCCCAUCGCUUUUUGUCCAAGCGACAUCCCACCCCUCCCCACCGAACCCCAUCCACAGCCCUCCCCACUUCAGCAACUCGUCAGCCAUACCGUCUCAACAACCGACUACGAUGCCGUCUGUGUGCCUCUCGCCAACGGGCUCUGGCAGGACAGGUGGGAGCGUCUGUGUCUUCGUCCCGUCGGCAUGGAGGAAGACGACGACAACGGCUCUCUCCAAGAUCGCGCUGCUGAGAUUGACCGCGAGGCGGAUCUCUUCCGCCGCGAGCCAAGCAUCUACCGCGAUGAGUGCAACGUCACGCGACUAGAGGAGAGCCAGAACCUCAUCGCCCUCGCGAGCGACUGGCUUGAACUCGACUCGCCAGAUGAGGGCAUUCGCUUUGACUCUGAACUGGGGCUCCGCGCCGAGAUGCAGCAUGCACUCUACCUCUCCCUUCCAGUGCUCGUCGUACCAGCACCAAAUCUUGCCAACCGCGCCUUCCUCCCGUCGUAUGCGCGCGUCAUCUCCAAUUUGCUUCGAAUGGGCGGCUCUUCUGCGUACACACAAGUGUCGAUUCGCAUCCCAGUCUCCGAUCCACUCGAGAUCAUAGGACAGGGGCCAGCGCCAGUCAACGGACACAGCGAGAGACACCACCGCCGUUCGCUUUCCCUGUCAUCUCGACCUUCAAGCAUGCACCAACACAAUUUGAGCAUUGGGCAAUUGAGCGCGAUCACCGCCGCCGGAAACGCAGCCGCGAACGGCACAGCACCAGCGAGCCGCGUCGUCAGCCAGGCGAGCUCGAACAUGCCGCAGCGAACUGUGACGCAUAGCGCGAUCCAGGGCGACCCCAGUUCGACUUGGGAAAUGUGGGACUGCAUUCGCUCGCUGUGCGGUUACCACCCCCGCUUGAGUGUUACCCUCGACCUCAGCAACCCCCUGCCACCUAGCCAAGGCGCCAUCGCACGCUGGGCGGCCGAGCCGGUCAAACAAAUCUGGCUACCAGCAGGCAGCUUCAUUCCCAACGCCAAGGGAUACCCCGUGCUGAGCAAGGCCACGCAGGCGUUCAUCCGCGGGUUGAGCAAGCACCAGCCAACGUUCAUGCUGUCUGGCACCACCGAGGGAAGACACCCCAGCGGAGGGCCGAACGCGUAUUUGCAAUAUCUGCGGCAUAUCACGUCGCUGGCUGGCCCAUCUGCGUACAUAUCACCACAGGGCCCCAGCGAGAUCGCAGGUGGCUACGGAGACUAUCUUCAGGCGCCACUACAGCCGCUCGCCGACGACCUGGGAAGCGCAACCUACGAUAUUUUCGAAAGCGACCCAGUCAAAUACCACCAGUACGAGGAGGCUGUGUACCAAUGCGUGAUGGACGAGGAGCGACAGCCGCCAGAAGGAGAACCGUUCGUCAUCGUCGUUGCUGGUGCUGGCCGAGGACCGCUAGUUGCCGCCACCCUGCGUGCGUUAGAUCGGGCACAGCGCGACGCAAGGUUGUAUGCUGUGGAGAAGAACGCCGCGGCGUUAACCACGCUUCAAGAACGCAAGGCGCUCGAGUGGGGUGACUCCGUCGAGAUCCUUUUCGGGGACAUGCGCACGCUGCCUGUCCCGGAACUAGCCGACAUUCUGGUUUCGGAGCUGCUUGGAAGCUUUGGAGACAAUGAGCUGAGCCCGGAGUGCAUUGACGGUGCGACACGCUUCUUGAAACCCGGAGCCGCCUCCAUUCCCACGUCCUAUACCGCGCACCUUGCACCCAUCGCCAGCUCUAAGCUGCACCAUGACGUGUCGUCACGCAGCACCACUGCAGCCGAAAUUCCUUACGUCGUCAUGAUGCAACAGGCCAACAUCCUGUCUGGUGAGACGCCGGGUAUGAGCGGGCGUUGCGGCGAGCGCAUCCAGCACUGUUGGCAGUGGGAGCACCCGCGAUGGGACUUGAUGCUCGACGAGUCCGGGCUCCCCCUUACCAACAGCCACAACACGCGGUCGGCGACCUGUACGUUCCACAUUCCGCAUGCCUCCCCGUGCCACGGCUUCGCGGGAUACUUUGAGGCGCACCUGUACGGCAACGUCGGGCUGUCAAUUCACCCAGACACCAUUGCACGCGUCUCCCCGGACCUGUUCAGCUGGUUCCCCAUCUUCUUCCCCCUGAAGACGCCUCUCUAUCUGCCUUCAGGCGCCGAGCUUGAGGUCAACAUCUGGCGCCUGACGGACCAGCGCGCCAAAAAGGUGUGGUACGAAUGGAGCGCUGAGGCGUACCUUCCCACCGUGCCACAAUUCGGUGGCACGCCCAGCAGCAGUAUGCACAUGGGGAUGAGAUACGGUUCGGGACAUACCAACGCCACCUCGCCGACAAUGGACGCACCGCACUCGCCCCACGUCCCGUUGCAGUACGGACAGGAGCUUGGCCGUGUCAAGAUUGGUCAGACUGAGCUGCACAACAGUGGCGGACAGCACUACUCGAUCGGACUGUAGUCCGGCACAUAGCCUCGCUUCCUUAUAGACACGCGUUGGGCCUUACGCCGCACAGCGAGGAGAUCUGUACAAUAUGAUGCAUGGCCUGGCCAUAGCUACAGGGUUUG